AUGCCGAAUCCGCUCGCGUUCGUCGGCGGGGGCGCGGCGCUGACGGCGGCGGACAAGGCGAACGGUGGCGCGUACUGCACUGCCCACCUGGAUGGGCUAGCCGCAACCUCCCAUCCUUCGCUGGUCGUGGCGGCCCGCUGCAUGAGGGCCGCCCUUAUCACCGCCCUCUUCCUGCUCCAAAUGGAGCAGCUGGCAUGA